AUGUCAGUGGCGGAGACAGAAGCUGCCGUGGUGGCGGAGACAGAAGCUGCCGUGGUGGCGGAGGAAGGAGGGGAACUUAUCGGAGCUGCCGUUCGGCCUGGCGAUGAAUUGGUGAACGAUUUUGAUUACUGCUUUCUUAAAUCAGUCAUGUCGGAUGACGAUGUUGCCAACGGCGGUGUAGAUGAUCAGUAUAGUGAGGAAUCGACAACGAAGAUCGAAGUGUUGCAACGCGAACGCCAUGAAUUGGUGAACGAGAACUCCACGAGGAAGGAGGAGAUCAAGAAGCUGACGGCGGAGCUCGGCAUUUUGCGAAGAGACGGCGUGAUGAAUAGCGAGAAGAUCGAGGAGAUGCAACGAGAGGUGGCGCAGUCGCGCGACGCGGCGAAGGCAACCGAGGUUAUCGUGGCGAGGGCAGCGGACCUGGAGAUAAAUGUGGCGAGGCUACAACACGAUUUGAUAUCAGAGAUGGCUGCGGCGGAGGAGGCGAGGGCGGAUGCUUCUGAAUUGAGGAAGAAUUUAGGGGAGAAGAGUCAGGGUGGGGUUAGGAUUAGGGAUUUGGAGAGGAAGAUUGGAGUUCUGGAAACCAAGGAAAUUGAGGAAAGGAACAAGAGGAUUAAGUUCGAGGAGGAGGAGAUGCGGCGGUCGGUGCAGAUCGAAGAAGGAGACGCUGACAUUGGCGACACCCCCAAUGGCCUCAUAUGCCACUCCUGA